AUGAAUUAUACCAACGAAGACACCCAAAAUUCAGCACCCGGCGAACCCACAAUGCACGAGACAAACAAGUUGAGCUCCGGCCCGAAGAAGGCAGACUCGCAGAGUGUUACAAAGAGACUCCAGUCAGAGUUGAUGACUAUGAUGCUCACUCCGACUCCUGGCAUCUCCGCCUUUCCUGACGACGGCAACAUGCUCUCGUGGACAGCCACCAUCACUGGACCGACUGAGACACCUUACUCUGGCUUGAACCUCAAGCUCAGCUUCGCUUUUCCUUCGAACUAUCCAUAUGCACCCCCAACCGUGCUGUUCAAGACCCCUAUCUACCAUCCCAAUGUCGAUUUCUCCGGACGGAUCUGCUUGGAUAUCCUCAAGGACAAGUGGAGCGCAGUCUACAACGUGCAAAGUGUGUUGUUGAGCUUGCAAAGUCUGUUGGGUGAGCCGAACAAUGCAUCACCACUCAACGGCGAAGCGGCGACUCUUCACGAGAAAAAUCCAGAGGAGUACGCGAGAAAGGUGCUUGCGAGACACCAGGACAUCGAUGACUAG